CUUCUUGUUUGUCAAAGAUAAUUAAAAAAGAUAUAUGACAAUUAACUAGUUGAGUUAGCAUAGACUUGGUAUAACGUAUUCUACUAACAUUCAUAAUCUAAGAUUCUUUAAGUUGUCACUCAACACAGUAUUUGGUCAGGUGAUAGCAUGAAGUUAUAACUUCAUAGGUGAUAUUAGUGAAUGUUUCUCUUUGUCAAAAUCGAAUAAGGGCAAUGAUACCUAGAGCGCGCAAUUUUUAAUUUAUGGUGUACUAUUUAAUUAAUUAAUAACAGUUGCAUUUUAAUCAUGUUCUUUAACAAUUGUCUAAAGAUGAAACAAACCUUGCCCCUGAUAAGAUUUCAAGUUAGAUCAUAUUCCACUUUUCGUCGUGGCGUGCAAUUUUUUUUCAAGAAGAAUUUAUUAUUUACAAAUAGUAUUACCUCUGGAGGGUUUAUGGCAAUUGGCGAUUUGGUCCAGCAAGAAAUUGAAUAUCGGUCAAAUCUCCUAACAGAGAGAUACGAUUGGGGACGUGUAGCGAGGAUGUUCACUGUUGGCACGUUAAUGGGACCAUUGCAUCAUUUUUAUUAUGUAUAUUUGGAUAAGGUCUUACCUAAGGCUGAUAUUAAAACUGUUUUUAAGAAAAUUGUAUGUGACCAAUUAUUUGCAUCACCAGCAACUAUAAUUUGUUUCUUUUAUGGAAUGGGACAGUUAGAAAAGAAAUCAUUAGACCAGAGCACAGCUGAAAUUGUGCAUAAAUUCAAAUAUGUUUAUGUGGGAGAUUGCUUAUUCUGGCCUCCAGUACAGUUUGUCAAUUUCUAUUAUCUUACUACAGAAUACAGAGUAUUCUACAUUAAUAUAGCAACAAUGGUAUUUAAUAUAUUUUUAUCUUAUAUGAAACAUUAUGAUCAACAUUGACACAAAGAAUCAACUCUAGUGGAAUUAUUAAAGUAAAUAUUUAUUUAUAGUAUAAAACAAUAAUAUUAUUUAAUCUGUAAACUUAAUAUUUAUUAAGGACUACCUAUACUACUAUUAUUUAUUUUUAUUUGGAUCUAUACAUCCAAACAUAUCCACAAUAAUUUACAUUGUUUUAUAUUUAUUGACGGUUCAGUACACAGUUUGGCAAGAUGACAGUUUUUUUAUUUGUUAGGAAUUUGGACUGAAACACAGAAAAGGCAAUAUUUUUUUAUAAUAAUGCAAAGAGGGAGGCCAGUGUAAUCAAGCUAAGCACUAUGAACAAAUGCAGUCAUGGUCACGCGGCAUUUUGAACCCAGGUGUGGCCUUUCUAUUAUCUUUAGGAUAUCUGGACAGUGUCAUCUUACAGCAGUAGAGUACAUAAGUAAAAAAAGUAUCUAUUAAAAAAAGAUUAAAGACUUACACAACUGAUUUUAAGCAACUGUUAAUUAAUAUUACUUUAUGCUAUUCAUCAGUAGUAUUGUAAAUGUAAUAUUUCAAAUUGUAACACUUGAAACUUUUUACUAAUUCAUACAGACAAAAUAGUGGAGUACAAUUGUAAACAAACAAUUACACCAUUUUCUUUUAGAAUAAACUAAAGUAAAAAGUAAAAAUGGAUGAAAGGGGAAUAUAAGAUAAACAGGAUUGUAUUGAAAUUAUGAACUUAAUAAAAGUUUUUGUUUUAAUUUA